AUGCAUCUCCGUCUCCCCCCCCCCCCGGGCUCCCCGGACAGGCCUGGGGAACGCGCACCGUGGCUGCCACCUCGCCAGGACGAGAGAGCCCGCUGGUGCUUCCCGCGGGGACCCCGAUCUCACCGCUUGCGCCCCGGAAUUAGACUCCCCGAAAGCGAAAGCUCGGGACGCGGCCGGGUGAGCGGCCCCGUUGCGGGGGGCUGCCGUCGCGGGGGCCUGGCACGGGUCCCCGGGGUGGCCCGUCCUCCCCCCGGCCCGCCGCCUGUCCCGGGCGGCUCUGAGAUCAUUUCUGCCAGCAGGCGAUGGAGCAGCAGCAGCCAGGGCUCCCGGGGACGCCCCACCCAGACCGGCUAUCGGGGGGUUGGCUUGAGUCCCACCCGGGGCUGCCCCGUGCCACCCCCCACCCCGGCUCUACCGCCCCGCUUUGCUUUCCUGCUCCCAGGAGAGAACCCUGGCGCGGAGCCCGAUGGCGACAGCGAGCGGAGGGGCUGCGGCCCAGCCGACACGCGUGACCCCGGCCACCGCCGCGGACGGCUCUGCAGGACGCAGGGCCGCUCCCGUCCAGGCUCCCACGGGCCCCGCCGAGGCCCAGAGCCCCCCGGCGCCCCCCGGGCCCUCGCACCCGCGAAGAAGGGAGAUGGCACGCAAUGGGAUCCGCCCGUAACGAGCGGCGGCUUCCGGGGGCCCCUCCGCGCCGACCCCUUCCUCGCGGAAGGCUCCCUCUCCGCGCGCUUAAUUGUAACGUAUUGCCGCCAUUAUUGUCGAUACCACGCGCUCAUUUUUCAUCCGCUUUAUCAGCUCCUGGCUUCCAACGACGCCCAUAUCUAUAACAGCCGCGCGGGGGCCAAGCCGCGGGGUCGCUCCCGGCGUGGCGGCCCCCUCCACCGGAGAGGUCAGAGCUCAGCUCCCCGCCACCCCGUGCUCAGGGCGGAGGCGAGUUGGGACGUGAGGAGUGCCGAGGCCGGGAACGCCGCUUUCCCCUGCGCGGCCCUUCCGGAAGCUUCCACGCGCAGCCUCGCCCAGCGCCGGGACGGGGCCCCGACUCACCGCGGGGAAGGGGCGCGGGAAGCCCGGGAAAGCAUGGCCGCGGGGGAGGGGGGGCCCAGUGGACACCUGGUCACGACGGCCAGGGCCCCGUCCUCCUCCACGGCCGCUCCCCAGCGGCGACGGCUCCGCUCAGCACAGAGCGGACAGCGCUCCGGGACAACCGGACACGGCCCCCGAAGACUUCACUUCCGUGCAAGGCAGCACCUACCCCGGCCUGCGCUGAAAAGCAUCAGAGAAGCACCUGGGGGUCCAGCAGAGAAGACCCAAGGCUACGCCUCUCGACAAGUAGCCCGAACACCUUUACCUCACAGAAGAGAACCCCAGAAGUUUUACAGCUCCCACAACCCUACAAAAGUACGAGGCCCUCCGAAGACCUGGGGUUCAAACCAUAGCCCGGGGAUCAGCGAGGUCUAUGCGGACCUUGAACCAAGAGAGGCCCGCUCAGGUGAGCGGACAGGAGCGUGCUCCCCCAAACUCCAACUCCUCUCACCCAGAUUCCCACCCGGGACCCUGGUCUCCGGGCUUCCGGAAGGUCUCUUUACAUUCCGUGGACACAGGUGUCUGGAUCUGCCUCUGAAAAAAAGGCCUCGCCAGCCAUCGUUCCCAACGGGCUCGCUGAAGGCCCGGGGCGGUGCCGAGAUGAAAUCCCCCCAGACCCUGCUUUCCAAGCCCGGGGCCACACAGGCCGCUGGCCUCCCGGGGUGGACGAAGGGCAGGCGGCUCGAGUCGCGGGAGGGAAGUGGGCGGGGAGGGGCUCAGACCCCACAGGGGCGAAAGGCCGGCCCGGCGCAGACCCUACGGGAGACCCCCUCCAGCCGUGGGCUGCACUUGAAGUUCACAAGCUUCCACUCGCCGUAA